AUGGCGGCAAUUCAUGGUCGCAGAGAUAAUGCAGGAAGCUGUGAUCACGCACAACAGACGCGUGGCCACAAUCCAGAUGGAAGUGAUCCUGGCCUCGAAGAAAACGAUGCGGACGAGGCAGGGAUUGAUAUGGGCUUGACAGAGAUGGCAUUGCCACCACCAGCCAGAGAGCAAGAUCCGCAUCGGCCUUCACUGGAGGCCAAUGAACGAAUGACCAGCAAAGAAGACCAGCAACAAGGUCAACUCAGCGAACUCGCUGUGCCCGAACCUUUGAGCUCUUGCGACAGGGUUUCCGACGAAGGAAGUGCACACAGUUCUGCACGACGGCAGCAAAGUCUGGAGGAGGUGCGGAAGGCAGAAGGCGAAGCUCCCUCACGGUUGAGACACUCUCGGGUGGUAGCAGAGCUCUACACCGUGUCGUGGUUGAUAUUUUUCUCACUUUUGGGCACUCUCGCCCGUCUGGGAGUUGUGGCCAUCACCCUCUACCCGAAUUCACCAUUUCCUUCUCGAGUCCUAUGGGCAAACCUGGGAGGUUCAUUUACGAUAGGUUUCCUGGUCGAAGAUCGACAGCUGUUCCGAGGAGAAUGGGGUUCACCAGAUCCCAAAGCACCAUCUGCCAACCAUGGGAAGGUCAAGAAGACACUGCCGCUCUACAUUGGACUGGCCACGGGGUUCUGCGGGAGUUUCACGUCCUUCUCCUCCUUUAUGCGUGACGCAUUUCUCGCUUUGACCAAUGCUCUUGCCUCUCCUUCUUCGACCAGUCCGUACCAUACAGAUCCUGUCAUCUCCCCAAGGAAUGGCGGUUUUUCUUUCCUCGCACUCCUGGCUAUCUUGAUUGUUCACCCGGCGAUAUCCUUGGCAGCCUUGCAAGUCGGGGCGCAAGUGGCACUGGUGAGCCAGCCGCUGCUACCCACCAUUCCCUUCAAACUUGGUCGCAAGAUCUUAGACCCAUUGGCGGUUCUCCUUGGGUUUGGCUGCUGGCUGGCCGCAGUGCUUUUGGCUGUAUGGCCGGCUGGAAAUGCCGUUCAUUGGCGUUCCCGAGCAGUGCUCCCUCUGGUGUUUUCUCCGCCAGGCUGCUUGUUGCGCUUCUACGUCUCGAAGCACAUGAAUGCAAGGAUACCAGGAUUUCCGUUAGGGACUUUUGUGGUGAACAUGCUAGGCACGGCCGUGCUGGGGAUGGCCUUUGACCUGCAACACGCAGGCAGCAUCGGUGGAAGGAGUUCUACUUCGUGUGCAGUGUUACAAGGCAUCAUGGAAGGAUUUUGUGGAUGCCUCACCACAGUCAGCACGUGGGUGGCCGAGCUUCAAGGUUUGCAAAGGAGCCAUGCGUGGGUCUACGGUCUGGUGAGUGUAGGCGUCGGACUAGCGUUGAUGGUCAUGAUCAUGGGCAGUAUGGGAUGGACAGUUGGAUUCACAAGACCUGUCUGUGGAUGA